CACAAAGCAACCACUCUCCUCCUCCCCUCUCUCUUUCUCUCUCUUCCUCCGAAAUCAGUCCAACGCUUUAUCAGCUACUAUCGGCGUCGCCGCCAUGUUAAAAACCGCCUCGUCACGCCUCAGGGCUCUCAAGGGAAGGAUAGGCAUUAGGGGAGUGGCUAGGUUUUCGACAUUGGGUGAAGUUCCGAGUUCAGCCACCGCUGCUGCGGCGAAGCCUUCGUCGUCUCCUUUGGGUGGUUUGUUUGGUUGGCUGACCGGAGGACGGUCCACGACUAUGCCUCCACUGGACAUCCCUCUUGAAGGUGUUAAGAUUCCACCUGCAUUGCCGGAUUAUGUUCAGCCGGAGAAGCCGAAGAUUACUACUCUGCCUAAUGGUGUCAAAAUAGCUUCCAUGAAGUCUGAGAUACCUACAGCUUCUAUAGGCUUGUAUAUAAAUUGUGGUUCAUUCGGGGCCUCGCACCUGCUGGAGCGUAUGGCUUUCAAGAGCACAAGAAACCGUAGUCAUCUGCGUAUUGUGCGGGAGGUAGAGGCCAUUGGUGGCACUGUUCAAGCGUCGGCGUAUCGCGAGCAGAUGAGUUACACCAUUAGUUCUCUGAAGACUUAUGUUCCUGAAAUGGUGGAACUGCUUAUUGAUUCAGUUCGAAAUCCUGUUUUCCUUGAUUGGGAAGUGAAAGAAGAACUUUGCAGGGUGAAAAAUGACAUUGGUGAAGCCUCCAAAAACCCUGAAGCUCUUGUAUUGGAAGCAGUUCACUCUGUUGGUUAUAAGGGAGGACUGGCAAAUCCACUCUUGGUCCACGAAUCUUUGAUUAGUAGACUAGAUGGUGAAACUUUGGAUGGAUUCGUUGCCGAAAAUUAUACUGCUCCUCAGAUGGUGCUGGCUGCUUGUGGUGUUGAACAUGAGGAACUUCUAAAAGUUGCAGAACCACUUUUGUCAGAUCUUCCCAGUGUCCCUCUUGCUAAGGAGCCAAAGUCUGUGUAUACAGGAGGUGACUACCGUUGUCAAGCUGAGUCAGGGGAUACUCAUUUUGCUCUUGCAUUUGAACUUCCUGGUGGAUGGCUUAGAAUGAAGGAUGCGAUGAUUUUGAAUGUUCUUGAGAUGCUAAUGGGAGGAGGUGAAUCCUAUUCAUCUGGCGGACCUAGAAAAGGGAUGAACUCGCGAUUAUAUAUUCGUGUGUUGGCUAAAAAUCCCGAGGUUAAGUCGAUGUCAGCAAUCAAUAGCAUCUACAACAAUAGUGGUAUAUUUGGCAUCCAAACUUCUACUAGUUCUAAUUAUGUGGCAGCAGCCAUUGAUAUAGCCGCAAAUGAGCUUAUUGCGCUUGCAACACCGGGAGAAGUUGACGUGGUACAGCUAGAUCGGGCCAAACAGUCGAUGAAGUCUUCCAUACUUAUGAAUUUGGAAUCGAGAAUGGUUGUAGUAGAGGAUAUGGGGAGACAAAUCCUAACUUACAAUGAAUGGAAAAUGGAGCAGCUCAUGAAGGCUGUAGAUGAGGUUUCUAUGGAAGAUAUUACUACAACUGUUCAAAAGCUUUUAUCGACCCCUCUUACUAUGGCAUCAUAUGGAGAUGUCACUAAAGUCCCAGACUAUGAUUUAGUCAGCCGAAAAUUUUCCCUCACAAAGAACACAGAGCCAGCAAGGAAGACAACUUAAAAUGCAAUAGCUUUCAUUUCCCAAGCUGGGCAUUUACCUCCCGUCUUCGUAGUGUUGGCAUACAAGCACAUAUUUAGGCAUCAUAGGAGAAGAAUCAUGAUAUAUCCGUAUUAUUGUUUGUAAGCAUUAAAGCAAAAGCCAUGUUACCUGUUAUUAGCAGCUAGCUGUAUGCAUAUAUAAUCAAAGAAAUGACACAAAUCAGAGAUAUCUUGGGCCAUUUUCGUCUCCUU